GUGGGGACUUCAAUUUUCCAAAGCAAUUUGUGUGUUUGGUUUGGUCAGCCCCAAAGACCUCUCUCUCUCUCUCUCUGCUUCUGUAGAGAGAGAGAGCGUUAUAAACAAGACUUACCUGCUCAAGGUGGUGGGGGGUCAAAUGCAACUACAAAACAUGAAAAAGCCUUAAAGAAAGCUGAUUGCAGAAAGCAAUAGCUUUUUCUUCCUCUCAAAAUACACUAUUUCUUUCUUUCUAUCAGAAAAGCUGAAAUCCACUAACUCAAAAACUUCACCACCACCACUAAAUAGUACUACUGAUUAGUUUUCAUCAAAACCCACCAAUGCUAGACAACAAAGCUACUACUCCUCCAUCUUCUUCUUUUGUACAGAACGAUCUCUCCAACAAAAGAAAGAGAAAACCAGCAGGCACACCAGAUCCAGAUGCAGAAGUUGUUUCCUUAUCUCCCAGGACAUUAUUGGAGUCAGACAGGUAUGUGUGCGAGAUCUGCAAUCAAGGUUUCCAGAGAGACCAGAACCUGCAAAUGCAUAGAAGGCGACACAAGGUGCCAUGGAAGUUGUUGAAAAGAGAGACGCAAGAAGUGAAGAAGAGAGUUUAUGUGUGCCCUGAACCAAGCUGCUUGCACCAUGACCCCUGUCAUGCUUUAGGAGAUCUGGUUGGGAUUAAGAAACACUUUAGGAGGAAACACAGCAAUCACAAACAGUGGGUCUGUGAGAGAUGCUCUAAAGGUUAUUCUGUUCAAUCUGACUACAAAGCCCAUCUCAAGACCUGUGGCACCAGAGGGCAUUCUUGUGAUUGUGGCCGCGUCUUUUCCAGGGUUGAGAGUUUCAUUGAACACCAAGAUACUUGCACUUUGAGGAGGGUGCAACCAGAUCAAUUACGGGCAUUGCAGCCAGCGUGCUCAUUCCGAACAGCUUCAAGCACUAGCCCUUCGAGCGAGGCCAACUUCCACAUAGCUCCAUCGCCAUCUCUACCAACACCAACACCAACUGAGCAGAACAAUAAUAUUAAUGCUUCUGCUUCUGAGCAUAAUUUUGAACUUCAGCUCCUACCCUCAUCAAUCGCAAACACUCCGGAUGAAAAUUUUACAACUAAUUUGAAGCUCUCAAUCGGAUUGUCAAGCCAAGGGGGGGACUUGAACAAGUCAAAUUUUGAUAAAGAUGCAUUUGAAUGCACAAUGGAAGUAACAAGACUGAAGGGUUUUGCAAGUGAGCAGCUAAAGCUGGCCGUGGCGGAGAAGGCAUACGCCGAAGAGGCAAGACAAGAAGCGAAAAGACAAAUAGAGAUGGCUGAGCUUGAAUUUGCAAAUGCGAAGAGAAUAAGACAUCAAGCUCAGGCUGAAGUUGAAAAGGCUCAUCUUUUAAGAGAGCAAGCAACCAAGAAGAUUAGUUCAACUAUCAUGCAAAUCACUUGCCAAUCUUGCAAGAAUCAAUUUCAAGCAUCAAUGUCUCCGGCCGAUGAGACCUCGCUCGCCACAAGCUACAUGUCUUCAGCCACAACAGAAGGAGAGGGAGAAUGAUGAUGAAAAACUCAUAAUACAACCAUACUUGUCAAAAAAUUUAUCCUUUUCUUUUCUUUUGGAAUUCUGGGUUUCAAUUUUCUGUGUUCUUACCAUAGUUGGGGGUGCUGAUUAUUUUGAGUAUUUGUUAAAGUGAUUGUAUUCAUUUAAUGUAUCAUCAUCAUCAUCAUCAUCAUUUGUUUGGAAGAAAAACACAAAUGCCAUAAUUGUUUUAUUUU